AGUUGCAAAUUAUCAAUGAUAAUAUAUUUUUUCACUAUAUAUUAUAAAUAUAGUUUAAAAUGUCCUUCAUUAGCAACGCAACAUGCUCAAUUUGAUACAUAAAUAACACGUAGAAAGCAUAUAAAAGCAAAAUUACUUUAUUUCUAAUAGCUAAAGAGAAAACAAAAAACCAAAAUGAGCAUCCCGAUUAUAAAUAAAACGAAGUGCAUUGUGAAAUUAUAUCGUAGCUAAUGUUCCAUCCAAAUGGCAGAUAUCACAAUAUACUACCAAAUAUAUUAGAGAUCUACUAUUUUGCUUUUAAAAACUUCUAAAUAUAUACAUUUAUAUGACUACAUAUAAUACUGUAAUUCAAAAGUUCAUAAGUAAAAAGGGGUUUUAAAGGCAUUUGUGAUACGAUGGUACAUUAGUCACUACUAAGUGUCACCAUGUGGGGUUCCGUAAACAGCGAUUUUCCUUUGGAAGCUUUAAAAGUAAAUGGUCCUAAUUAUUUAAAACAUUCACUUACUAGUUGUACGGAUCCUCUGAAGGCAAUUGAAGAGUUUCAGGUUACCAAUGGAAUUCUGUUGCCUUCACUCAGGCCAAUGUUACCUCUGCUGGAUUUACAUGGGGUUAGAAGGCUUGAUUUCCAUAUGUCUGUAGUUGAGGAAUUGCGAGAAAAGCUAAUAACUCAUAUUAAUGGUAUUGGAAAACAAGAAGGAAAAGAACGAGAUAUGAAAUUGAAGGAGUUGUUGGUAAAAAGCUUUCCUGUUAUUAGAGUUAAAGCAAUGAGACCUAUUGUUAUGGCCAUUUUAAAAAAUAUACCACAAAUCGAUGAUCACUAUCUCAAAGUAUUGGUUAGAGAUAGGGAACUGUAUUUAGACACUGAUACAGAAGUGAAGAGACAGAUUUGGAAAGACAAUCAGUCUCUUUUCGGGGAUGAAGUAUCACCCCUAUUAAGUCAGUACAUCAGUGAAAAGGAGAAUGUUCUUUUCGAUCACUCAAAUUUGACUACCCAGUUCUUUGGACCAUCUCCUAAGGUGAGAAGACAAGGAGAAGUUGUACAAAAACUGGCACAUAUGAUAGGAAAUAGUGUUAAACUUUAUGAUAUGGUUCUACAGUUCUUAAGAACCUUAUUCCUUAGGACACGAAUAGUUCAUUAUUGUACAUUAAGAGCAGAACUACUUAUGGCUCUUCAUGAUCUAGAAGUACAAGAUAUCAUUUCCAUAGACCCGUGUCAUAAAUUCACUUGGUGCUUAGAUGCUUGCAUCAGAGAAAAGAAUGUUGAUAUUAAACGGUCCAGGGAAUUACAAGGAUUUUUAGAUAAUGUGAAAAGAGGACAGGAGCAAGUUCUAGGUGAUCUCUCAAUGACUUUAUGUGAUCCAUAUGCUAUUAACUUCUUAGCAACUUCAGCCAUUAAAAUAUUGCAGCAUCUUAUACAUACAGAAGGCAUGGCUAGAGAUAAUACAAUCCUGAUACUUUUACUACGAAUGUUAGCUUUAGGCUUAAGUGCUUGGUUCAUGAUUGACUCCCAAGACUUCAAAGAACCCAAAUUGGAUGCUCAGGUUGUAACAAAAUUCCUUCCUGCAUUAAUGUCUCUUAUGGUAGAUGACCAAGUAAGAUUGUUGAGUGGAAAAUUACCCCAUGAUGAACGUGAAGCUGCCAUUACAGUUAUUGAGCAUUCAGGUCCCCUUCCAGAUGCUGUAGAAGCAUAUUUACAAGAUAGUACGGUAGCUAGUAUAUUAGCAAUGUACUAUACUCUACAUGUUACGAGAUCAAAGGAUAGAGUAGGUUUGCUGAGGAUUUUGACAGUUUUGGCUAAUUGUAAAGAUGAUAGAGCUUUUGAAGAUCCCUUUUUACAUUCAUUUGUUUGUUUGCUUAUACACAACUCUGACGAAUUCCAAGCCGAAGACUAUUGUACAGCCUUAUUCGAUGAAUUUUUCUUUGCUGGUUUAUCUAGAGAUAAUGUAACAAGACAUCUUCUCAAACUCCUAUGGUAUGUUCAUCACAAAUUACCGAUGAGUAGGCUGCAUUCAUUAAUGAAAGCCUUACAACCCACCCACCAGCACAGCGAGAAAGUUCACAACUUGUACAAGUUAUUACAAGACAAGAUCGUUUCACAAGAAGAGACUAUCAUACCUCCAGAGAUGGAUAUUGAUAUCAAUUCCCCAUUGAUGAGUGUGCCAACACCAGCUCCUUAUAAUCACCCUUUGUGAAUAAAGUAACUGAUUGAUGAUCACAAUAUCAGCACACAGAAGGCAAAGUCCCAAACAAGCGUUACAUAAAAAUACAUGGAUCUAGGGAGGAAUUCCUUCAACUUCACUAACAGAUCUUGUAAGCAGCAUCAUAUUGGCAAAUGCCCUUUUCAAUAGUUACUCAAUUCAUAAUUACAAUCUUUGUCGAUAAAAUUGAUUGAUGAAAUGUUUCAUUAUUCAAUUUCCACUUGAUGCAAUUUUUAUCUAUAGAAUGACAUUGUUUUCAUGGCUUCCGUUGAGAGUCUACAUAGAGAUGCUACAUCUUCUCUAAUGUGUAGGUUGUGAUAGUCUAAGUGAUAAUCGUUUCUUUUUCAGUAAGUUUUUAUCCAAUUUUGUAAAUAUAAUUUUUUUGAAUGAU